GAAACUUGUCAUCCCCUCUUCCCACACGCAAACAUGGAAGACAUCGCCCCCGAGUACGAUGUCGUUGUGCUUGGCACAGGUCUCACCGAAUGUGUUCUUUCCGGUGUCUUGAGUGUCAAGGGCAAGAAGGUGCUGCACAUCGACCGCAACGACCACUACGGCGGUGAGGCCGCAUCCAUCAACAUCGAAGCCCUCUUCAAGAAGUAUGGCAACGACAACGGCAGCGAGCCUUGGAAGAAGUACGGUCGCCCCAACGACUGGAACAUCGACCUGGUUCCUAAGCUCCUCAUGUCCAACGGAGAGCUCACCAACAUCCUCGUCUCGACCGAUGUCACCAGAUACCUCGAAUUCAAGCAGAUCGCUGGCAGCUACGUUCAGACCGGUGCCGGCAACAAGGCAAACGUCGCAAAGGUUCCUACGGAUGCUUCAGAGGCUCUCCGUAGUCCUCUGAUGGGUUUGUUCGAGAAGAGAAGAGCAAAGAAGUUCUUGGAAUUCGUUGGCGCAUACAAGGAGGAGGACCCCGCUACACACAACGGCAUGAACUUGAACCAGUCCACCAUGAAGGAAGUUUACGACAAGUUCGGCCUAGAGGCAACCACAAGAGACCUCGUCGGACACAGCAUGGCCCUGUACACGACCGACGACUACGUCAACGAGAAGGGCGGUGUUAAAGAUGCCAUCUCGCGCAUCAGACUCUAUGUCAACUCGAUGGCCAGAUACGGAAAGUCGCCUUACAUCUACCCCCUGUACGGUCUGGGUGAGCUCCCUCAGGGCUUUGCUCGCCUCAGUGCCAUCUACGGAGGUACAUACAUGCUCAACACCGAUGUCGACGAGAUUCUGUAUGAGAAUGGCAAGGCCGUCGGUAUCAAGGCAACCAUGAAGGAACGCGAUCAAGAGGGCGAGGGCAUGACCUUCACAACAAAGUGCAGCAAGAUUCUGGCAGACCCCUCAUACUUCCCCAGCAAGGUCAAGCCUGUUGGUCACCUCCUGAAGGCGAUCUGCAUCCUGAACCACCCCAUUGAGAAGACAGACAAUUCGGACUCGGUCCAACUUAUCAUUCCUCAGUCGCAGAUUGGAAGAAAGCACGACGUGUACGUCGCCAUGGUUUCGUGGGCACACAACGUGGCUCCCAAGGGAUACUACAUUGCCAUUGUUUCAACCAUUGCCGAGAGCGACAGCAACCACCACCUCGAGUUGCAGGCUGGUUUCGACCGCCUCGGCAAGAUUGAGGAGAAGUUCAUGGGACCUCCUAUCCCCAUCUACGAGCCUCUUGAGAGCGGAAGCAACGACAACAUCUUCAUCUCCAGAAGUUAUGACGCAACCAGCCACUUCGAGACUACCACUGACGACAUUCGCGACAUCUACAGAAGAGCAGAGGGUCACGAGUUGGUGGUCGAGGGUCUGCGCGAGGGUCAGAACCUUGUGGCGGAAGAGUAGACGAUUGUCAAUUAGAGAAAUCAACAGCCGGC